AUGUCCAGUGAGACGUGGAAUGAGCAGCAGUAUCACGACGCUUUGGCACACCUUGAGCGAUUGCAACAGCAGCUUGAUGGGUUACGUUCAGUACUACCCACUAUUGUUGCGCCUCUGCUGCAGAAAGAUGCAAGCCAGGGUGGAAUGUUUGCGAGCGUCAAGAAAGCGGCUUUGCAAUCGACAGAUGACCUGGAUCGGUUUCGAAAGGAAUGGAGCUCUGACCAAACGCAACAGCUGCUGACACGAAGCAAUGAGAGUGUAAAGGAAGACGGCGAUCUGAGCCGUGCAGCUGAUAUUUCGAAGUACGGAUGGGCGCAAGACUGA